CAUCCAUUGAUAGAUCUUUCCAAGGUUGAUGUAGAGUCAUGUGUUUCCCGUCUUUUAUAUUGGAUAUAUAUAUAUGUACAACACUAAGCCCUGGGGUGAUCAAUACACUAGGGCGUGGAGUUAUUUCAGGUUAAAAGCCCUAUAGACUGCUUGUUUUGAAAAUCCUCAUUACGUGGCUGGGGGCUUGAAAGUGGCUGCACUCAACUGGACUUGGGUAUUGUUAGUGGUUAUUUUCUUUGUGUGCAGCCAGUCUUCUACUGGCCCAGCCCUUCUCCACUGAACAACAGCUACUGUUGGUCUUCAGGUAGACAUUUUGAAAUACAGGCUUGCAGAGAGGGAGUCGUCUGGGGAAUAACAUAAGGAGAAUUAGACAAUUUUUCAGAAUCCCCAUUUGGAUAUAUUUAAGAAAAAGGAAAAGAUGGCCACUGAAGGUUGCAUGUCAUGCAUGAAGUAUUGCAUGUUCUUGUUUAAUUUUAUAUUUCUGAUUGCUGGUCUGGGAUUGAGCGGUCUGGGAAUAUGGUUGAUAGUUGACCCAACAUUGGUCACUUCUUUUAUCCCCAAUGAAGAUUUUCUCCAGUAUGCUGGCUAUCUUCUUAUUGGUCUUGGAGGCUUCAUAGCUAUAGUGGCCUUCUUUGGCUGCUGGGGAGCAGUGGCCCUGAGCAAGUGCAUGCUGGUGAUGUACUUCUUGUUCUGCCUUUUGAUAUUUGCUGGUUUAAUAGGAGGGGCAGUGAUGUCAGUUCUCUUCCAAGAUGAUAUCAAAGCAAAGCUGAAGAAAGAAAUGAAUGCAACUUUGUACACCAGCUAUGGUGUGAGCAAGACCACUACUGAUAUAUGGGAUGCAUUGCAAGAAGAGGUUGGCUGCUGUGGUUUGUCUGGGGAUGAAGCUUGGCUGGACUACCAGAAAACUGCAUGGUUUGCCAGGCAGAAUGGAACCAAAGUGGCUGUACCUGAUAGCUGCUGUGUAGAGGGAAGUGAUGGACAGAUCUUAAACUUGGCUGAGUGCCAGAAAGUGGAAGCAACUAAGACUGACCAGUAUAUUCAUAAAAAGGGUUGCUUUGAAGAGGGUGUUCACAAGUUUGAGGCACAAAUCUCACAGCAACGGUGGCCAUUAUUUGGUUUAGCUAUUGGAACUGUGACAAUUUUGAUAUUGGGUAUGGUCCUUUCCCUUUGCCUGGCAUGUCGCAGUGGAGGGAAGGAAGAGAAAUAUGCCAUGUAAAUUCAAAAUUCCCUUCAAGACUGAUUACUUUGUGCAAAGCAAACAAAGUUAAAUAUGGAUCUUUUUUUCAUCAUGUUGCAUGUACACUUUUCUGUUUCGCACUAUUAUGAGAGACUGACAACUAGAUAGCCUGGCUGUUUCAUAAGAGUAUCAUCUAAAUGAAGCACCCACUUUUAACAUGGUCAGUUAAACAGAUUAAUUUUUGAUUUGUCCAAACUGUUGGGAGCAAACUUGUGAAAGAGUAAAAUCCCCUGUAGAUUACAUGUUUGGACUAGUCAGCAUAUGGUACAAAACAAAGAACUGUACCACACUACAUGAAAAGGGCCAUUAAUUUGUCGAUAUUUUGAUUGUCAACCUAGUUGGAAAACCAUUGUUCUUCCAUGAUUUUAAAGGUAGCUGCAUGUUUGUAGAUCUAAGCAAAAAAAAAAGCCAUCAUUGAGUUGGAAUUUUUUAAAGUAAAGAUAAUAUAAGAAACAUUUUGAUCUGUAUUUGGGUUAGUAUUUUUUAUGUUUAUGUAUUAAAAUAAAUUCUAUGCUCUUGCAGCAAUAAGUUUCACAGUAUUUUUUGUAACUUGCCAGCAUUAACUAAUUGUACUUAUGUGAAUGGAUGUAUUUUACACAUACAUAUGGGCUGAAGAGGUUUUAUAUUUGGUUUUACAUGCCAUUGAUGUAUUGUACUUCUAUCACUUAUCUUCAAGAAUGGAACAGAUUUAAGUUUUUUAUUACCCGUAAUCAAGGUAGUGUUAGAAAUAGCCUAUUGAUUGAAGAUAUUCAGUAUUGGAUCCAUUUUUAAAGAGUCUGUAUAUGAUAAUUAUUUAGCA